AUGAUCCGUUUCCGUAAAUGUGGGAUGUCCAGCUCAGCCAUCGUUUACCUGAGCUGUCUGGCCAUUGUUGACACGUUCUAUCUGGUGUGGGUCAUACUUCUGGACCUGACUCUGAGCUUUUGGAUCCUUCAACCCUUCUGGCACUUCUUCCCCUGGUGUGGUAUCCUUGGGUUCCUACAGUACGGCUCUCUCUACAGCUCCUCCUGGAUUGUGGUGGUGUUCACCAUCGAGCGCUACCUGGUCCUCCGCAGCCCAGCAUCCAAGCAGAACCUUUCCCAAUCCUGGGCCACUAAAAUGAUCUGCACGGUUGUUGUCCUGCUGUCCCACCUGGUGUCUGUGCCCAUGGGCUGGAUCAAUAUCGUCACACCUGUGAACUUCACCAUACAUGGGGAGAACACAACCCUCCCUCGAUGUCGAUAUCGCAAUCACACCUACUCUACAGUUGUAGUGUGGAUAGCUACCUUCCUCUCCGGAGGAAUUCCCAUUGUGUUGGUCAUCACCUUCAAUUGCCUCAUUGGGUACCACCUAUGCCGGGCCAGUAACCUCUUCACAAAGGAGGAACGACGUUUUAUGUAUGGAAAGAGCACCAGAAGCACAUUGAAGAGAACGAUUCUCCUGCUGGGAACCGUCUCUGUGGCCUUUGUCGUUCUUAGCCUGCCUCGAUUUGUCACAUACUGCAUCCUUAGGACCAGGUACAAUGAUGAAACCUUCAACAGAAAUGACUACAGCAUUCCCAUCAAUGUAGCCGGGGACAUGGCUAACAUGCUACAGAACCUUAACUCCACCACCAACUUUUUGUUGUACUGCAUGGUUAGUCGUCGCUUCCGGCAGGAGUUGGUUCAGACCAUGAGGUGUAAGGCAACGUCCAGCGAUCUGAGCUCCCUUCUGAGCAACACCACUAUGAAGGUUUUCUCUGUUGUAAAUAACACGGCUUCCCCAUCCAGGAACUCUAUGACUGUGGUUUUAACCAGUCUCAAACCAAUGGGGUAG